UCCUGAUCCAUCAGGAUUCUCCCUUCAAAAAAUUCUGAAUUUUCAGGGUCCCCCCAAAAAAAAUCCUGAUUUCUCAAGGCUUGGGAUGUACUGUAUAUGCGUGGAGCUUCAGCUCCAAAAUUUGGCUCAUUUGCCUUCUCACCUUUUGCGCAGCAGCCACAGUCGCAGCAGCAGCAGCCCUUCUACAUCUUUGGGCGUUCACCUGCUCAACAACAACAACAACAGCAGCAACAGCAACCUCAGCAAUAACAACAACAACAACAACAACAACAACAACCACAACAACAACAACAACAACAACAACAACAACAACAACAACAACAACAACAACAACAACAACAACAACAACAACAACAACAACAACAACAACAACAACAACAACAACAACAACAACAACAACAACAACAACAACAACAACAACAACAACAACAACAACAACAACAACAACAACAACAACAACAACAACAACAGCAGCAACAGCCACAGCAGUUUCAGACACAGCAACAACAGCACCAACCUCAACAACAGGGUAUUAUUUUUCAACCGUCGAAUUUACUUAACAACACACAAAUCAAGACCACUAUACCUUUUAACGGAAAUUAUGUGCUCAGGUUAUUCAACCUUCGACUACCCACAAGUUCAUGUGCUCAGGUUCACUCCUAUAAGACUUCCGCUGUCUUACUAGUCUAUCAUUCCAGCAAAGAUCGUUGGUUAAGUACUCGUGGUUGCAUAUUCUAUACUUAGUCUCCUGCACCACCUGUCAAAUUAUUACAGUAAAAUCCUCGCCACGCCGAACCAGACAGGGAAGUGCGCGCUAUAUUUUCAUUUCGCUGCGCGUCGCUCGUCAGCGCGCUUUUGUUUGCUUGGCGGGAGUUGGGGCCUGUCCCGAGCAGGCCUCUCAAUAGCCGGGUGAAACACCCUGCUUGCCCUGAUUUUUUCGGUUAUUUUUAUAUGUCGUCUUAAAAAUCCGACCUAGUGUUUACCCAUGUGUAAGAAAUUGUUUACCUAGUGUUUACCCGUGAUUCAGAAUGUGUAAGAAAUUGUUUACCCAUACAGAAACCGGGUUCCGGAGCUGUGUACACUGAUCAGCCAGGGUGACGUUAAAAUUUCCCUGAUACAGAAACCUUCAAGGACCAGACUGGUGGCGGAUUUCGAGCGCGGGAUUAGAUGCAU